AUGUCCGUCGUUCAGCGCUAUGGAGCCAGGGUAUAUAGUCACCGCGAUGGGGCAGCGAGAACCGAAGGGAAAUUGAGUUGGAUUUCAGGUGAUGGAGCCGUCGUUGGAUCCGAAGAUCUUCAAUGUGAAUGAGGUGGCCGUCGGGUUCAACUUGCUCCUUUUGUAUGGAUUUUGUGAGUGCUUUUAAAAUCUUCAAAAUUUUGACGGGAAAUGUGUUGCGAAACGGCAAGGAUCAGACUGCAAUGUGCAGAAUGGGGUCUCAUAACGAAUACAGUAACCCAUUCAGUCCUCCAUUCUUGUCUCCCACGCAAUCCGAAUCAAGCAAACGUGAACACUGUCCCCUGCCACGUGGCCAUCGCUCAUUGCUUAAUUUUCGGGGCGCCCGGGCUCUCCGCCGCUCUCCGAUGUCCCUUUUAUAUUUUUUCCUCAUCACAGCCGCCGUUUCGGUGAUCGUUCCGACGUUGCUCGGCGUCUCGCAACGUGGAUUCUUCUGCGACGACGACACGAUCCGAUACGAGUACCGGAAGGACACCAUCACUACGAUCCAGCUCAUCCUCUACAACCUUGUCCUGAAUGCGGUGACGGUGGGCAAUUUGCGGCUUCCAGAUGAUUGCAGACUUUCCCCCUUUCAGGUUCUUUUCGUGGAAUACUAUCGGAUUCAAAAAAUCGAAUCGAACAUCAACAAUCCGAGAUAUCGAUGGAGAAAUUCGCAUUUGCACGUGCUGUUCGUCAGAAUUCUGACAUACUUCGGUGCGAGCUAACGCUUCCUCUCUCCCUUGAAUGAUCGUACUUUCAGGAUACUCCCAGAUCGGAUUCGUCAUGAACUGCGCCCUGAACAUCGCCACGAAGCACGUCGUCGGCCGUCUCCGACCACACUUUCUCGACGUCUGCAAGCUGGCGAAUGACACGUGUGCGAGCGGAGACUCCCACAGAUACAUCAUCGAUUACACGUGCACCGGGCCGCCCGAACUGGUGCUCGAAGCCAGAAAGAGUUUCUAUUCGGGCCAUUCGGCCGUUUCGCUCUACUGUGCCGUCUGGUCGGCGGUCAGUUACUUUCCGAUUUCCCCUCAUCUUCUCGAUCAUUUCAGCUCUACAUUCAAGCCCGUCUCGGCUCGGUUCUCACCAACCGAAUCGUCGUUCCAAUCGCUCAAACUCUGAUUGUGAUGGUCGGAAUGGGCAUCAGCUUCUCGCGGAUCACCGACAACAAACAUCAUUGGAGCGACGUGCUUGUCGGCAUUUGCAUCGGCGUUUUCAUUGCAGUUUACACAGUGAGUCCGGCCGGCUGCAAAAGACCUUGAAUCCGAGGGAAUCCGAGUCUUUCAGUGUCUCUGCUGGACGGAUCUCUUCGCCAGCAACUCGCCCGACUCGGAAACGCAGCCGCUGCUUCUUCCGUCGCCUGCCCGUCCCCAUUCGAAUGUUUCGUGGAGCCUGGAUGGUGAGCUCUGAUCCGGGUUGACCCCACGGGAUAACCGGCUGUUUGCAGGGGAGCCGCGCCGUCCCAAAGAGCCCGCGCCGCCGUCCUCUUCCGCCAGUUCGGCCCUUUCUGCCGAUCACGAAGUGGACGACCGACUGUUGCCAGUUCCCUCCUCCGCAUAA